UACGCCCGCGGGACCGGGCCGUGGGGGCGGCCGCCCCGAGCAUGCGCACCGGCUGUGCUGCGGGCGAGCGCGGAGUCCGGGCGCGGGGACGCGGGGCGGCGCGAAGCCGGGCCCUCUGCCGCCCCGCGCUCCCAUGUACGCCUUCUACUCGCUGCUCAUCUACAUCUUCUACAGCCUUUUCCGCAGGGAUGGAGGGGCCGGGGCGUCCGCCGACUCCAGGGACCCCGCCCAGAGUGCCCGCUGCAAGCCCGGGGAUCGCCGCCGUCCCCACCAGCCCCCUGCAGAACUGUGGACCGAGCUGACCGGCCUGGUCGGCUGCGCAGAGUCGGAAGAUGAGCCUGGAGUGGGAUCCGAGGGCCGCCCCGCUGAGGUCUCCUUGGAAGAGGCUCUCGUGCGUCUUGCCGAGUUCCUUUCAGUCCAGCUGGGGGCGGAAGAGAGCUGCGGGUAUCCUGCCGGUCUGAGCAAGCCUGGUGAUGUCCCCCCACUGUUGACGGUGACUGGUCAGCUCUUGGCUCUCCUGGCAUGGAUUCGGAGCCCCAGGGGGAGGCAGGCCCUGCCCCAGGAAACUCAGCCAGCCUCGGGGGUGCAGCCCCCCACUACUGCUGGACCCACAUCCCAAGAAAACCCUUCCCUUUCACCGAGGGCUGAGGCCCAGGGGCAGCAGCCCCCCCAGUUGGCGGAGGACCAGAGGGCCUGGCAGCAGCUGGAGCAGCUCGUUCUUGGACAGCUGGAGGAGCUGAAGCAGCAGCUGGAUCUGCAGGAGGAAGGGCUGGGCCAACUUCACCUGGGAGUGGGGGCGACAGACUCAGAGAAAAGGGUUCGGCAUCUAACCCUGGAGAACGAGGCCUUGAAACAGAGCCUGAUGCUCACUCAGGAUCUCCUGAGGCACUGGGGUGCUGGCCUCCCUGCCAGGGCUCCCCAGGAGGAGGCAGAGGCACUGGUGGAGCUCCAGGGCCAGCUUCAGGAGGCCCAGGAGGCCACAGAAACCCUCCGAGUCCAGCUGGGGGUGCAGGAGGUGCAGCUGCAGGGCCUCCGGGGGGCCCUCCGGCAGCUCCAGCAGGAAACAGAGCAGAGCUGCAGAAGGGAGCUGCAGCAGGUGCACGGGCAGCUGGCAGGACUCCGGGCACGCAUGGCCAGCCUGCGUCAGGGCUGCGGGGACCUCCGAGGUCUGGUCAGCACCUUUACCCAGAGCUGCCAGGGCUCCCUGAGCGAGGCCCGGGGCCAGGUAUCCUGGGCCCUGAGAGCACUGUCAGUCAGUGGGGCAGGGCCUCAGCUUCCUGAAGGGCAGCAGGAGCCCCCAACCGGAUGCCCAGGGCGGCUACUGGAGCUCAAGGGAAAUAUCCGCGUGCUGUGUCGGCUGAGGCCAGGGACGCCCUCCAGCCUGGUGAGUUCGGAGCCCGGCCCAGGCGGCACAGUCACCACCUGCUAUCGAGGGCACCAGCGUCGCUUCCGCCUGGACUGGGUCUUCCCUCCAGACGCCAGCCAGGAAGAGGUCUUCAGGGAGCUGGAGCCGGCGGUGCUGUCCUGCCUCCGAGGCUACAGUGUCUGCAUUUUCACCUAUGGCCAGACAGGGACUGGAAAGACCUACAGCAUGGAGGGCCCACCUGAGGACCCCGGCAUAGCUCCUAGGGCGCUGCAGUCACUGUUCCGGGAGAUGAGGGCCGGAGGGCACCCCCGAGUGACCCUCAGCAUGGUGGAGAUCUACAAUGAGGCUGUCAGGGACCUCCUAGCCCCGGGGCCCCCUGAGCGCUUGGCGGUGAGGCAGGGCCCUGCAGGUCAGGGAGGGAUCCAAGUGGCCGGCCUCACGUACUGGGAUGUGCCCAACCUGGAGACCCUGCACCAGAUGCUGAGCCUGGGGAGGAGCAACCGGGCCACCGCCGCCACCGCCAUGAACCAGCACAGCUCUCGCUCUCACGCGCUGGUCACGCUGACACUGGAGGCAGCGUCUCCCCCGCGCGGCCCAGGCACCACAGGCACGCUGCACCUGGUGGACCUGGCGGGGUCCGAGCGCGCCCGGAAGGCGGGGGCCGUCUGCAGGGCGAGGGGCUACACUCACGACGCCCAGCGCCUCCGGGAGGCCCGGGCCAUCAACCGCUCGUUGCUGGCACUGGGAGGGGUGAUGACGGCGCUGCGGGCCCGCCGGCCGCACGUGCCCUUCCGCGACUCGCAGCUCACACGCCUGCUCCAGCCCGCGCUCGGCCCCGGCGCCACCGUGGUGCUGCUGCUGCAGAUCUCCACGCGGCCCGAGGAUCUCGGCGAGACCGUGUGCUCGCUCAAGUUCGCGGAGCGAGUGGGCCGCGUGGAGCUGGGGCCGGCGCGGCGCCGCAGAACCCGGCGCUCGGGGACGCCCUCCUCCCUGAGCACGGACACGCCGCUCACUGGGACCCUCUGCACCCCGACGCCGUCCCCGGGAAGCCCUGCCAGCCCCGGCCCCAACGGCUCGGCUCCCGGGUCCCCCGAGGACCUGCUCUCGUAGUCAGGGCCAGGAGUCUGGGGUUGCGCCCUCUGCCGGCGGAGGCAGCAAAACCCCGACCCUCCUACCACCUUUGACCUCCGGGCUCACUGGUUCCCAAACUCCCAGAGCUGUCUCACCCCCUCCCGGCGAGGAGUGUUCCGCCCCAGUUCAGAUUGCCCGCCCUCAGCCCUCAGCCAGGCCCAGGCCCCGGCUCCCUCCUUAUCGCCAUUUGCUGCUAUCGCCUACUCAGCGGGGGACCCCAGAGCAGCCGGGCCUGGCCUACUGGUUUCCGAGUCACCACAAUCACUGCCCCGCACCAAACAUCAGUCUUGCCAUUAAAAUGCGGUCCAUUCCUUUACUGUUCUCUCUCCCACGACACCACCCACACUAGGUCGGGUCCCUGUUCCCCUAUGCCUUUCCCCAAAAAGGUGCCACCUUCGGCCCAGACAGUUGAGGAAGGUGAGGGCUUCAGGCUGAGCUGCCAUAUAAGUCCUCCCUCCCCCAACCCCGGAGCCAGGAGAGGGAGGUGGCAGAUGGUGAUGGAUAGAUGGAUGAAUGGAUGGACGGACAGAAGAGGCCAGAGAAGGUGGGACUAGGAAGGGGACAGGAAAGGCCACUCCUCCCAGCCUUGCCGCUGGGGGUGGCAGGGGCCUGACCAUCAGGGCGGAGUAGACACACCCUUUGUGGGGUGGCCCAAUAAACAUGGUAGACUCACA